AUUUCCUCGUCAAUAUCAGAUCAUCUCCAACCAAAUUCCCCUCUCUUUGUUUCCUCCAACAAAAUAUAGAAACUUAUAUGGGUAGAGAAUCCCAAUCCUUCUUGCAUUCACCAUCUUUUCUUACUGCUCUAUAUCAUUCUAAGAAGCCAAACUCCUCCUCUCCCUCUUCCGAUCACCAUCAAUUGCAGCCCUUUUAUGUUUGAAGAUCAAAAUUCAAAACCCAUAUAGAGAAUUUUGUUUUUAUACCUUAAAUUCUAACAAAGAUGGAUUCUUUGUUGUUCAGUAUUUCAUAUUUUACUCUCACUCUGUUUUUCAACUUCAGACCAAUUUCAGCGGCUACAUUCACAUUCGUUAACAGAUGUCAUUACACUGUAUGGCCUGGAAUCCUCGCCAAUGCAGGAACUCCCAAAUUAGAUAGCACCGGAUUCGAGCUCCCAAAGUCCGGGUCUCGAUCCUUUCAAGCCCCACCCAAUUGGUCCGGCAGAUUCUGGGGCAGAACCGGGUGCACAUUCGACCCGCAUACAGGCCAGGGAACUUGUCUUACAGGCGAUUGCGGGUCCAACCAAAUGGAAUGCAAUGGCCUUAACGCAAUCCCACCAGCCACUCUAGCCGAAUUCACAAUCGGGUCCGGUUCUACCCAAGACUACUACGACGUGAGUUUGGUUGACGGGUACAAUUUACCCAUGAUUAUUCAACCGAGUGGAGGAUCCGCAAGUUGCUUGGCAACCGGGUGCGUGACUGAUUUGAAUCGUCAGUGUCCAGAUGAGUUGCGGGCCGGGUCGGGUGAUGCUUGUAAGAGUGCAUGUGAAGCAUUCGGUAAUCCUGAAUACUGUUGCAGUGGCGCGUAUGGUUCACCGGACACUUGUAAGCCGUCGAUUUAUUCCGAGAUGUUUAAAUCCGCGUGUCCAAGGUCGUAUAGUUAUGCUUAUGAUGAUGCCACGAGUACAUUUACUUGCACUGGUGCUGAUUACACCAUAACAUUCUGCCCUUCCUCAACAAGCCAAAAAAAGGGAGUCGUCACCUCCACGACGAAUGGGUCCGGGUCAGACCGGUCUAUUGGGUUUAGUAUGGGCACGUCAUGGUUACCAGACUUUCUCACCGGAGACUCCACCAGAAUUAUUUCUCGUUCAGUUCUGACUUCAACAUUCAUUGCCUCUGCAAUUUCAAUUCUGUUCCUCUUUUGAAUGUUGUUUUUGCACAUGCAAAUAAAAUUCUCGAUUGUAAGC